AUGAGCGACGAGUCAGAAUUUCCGAUCCCUCCACCUCAUCGCUACGCUUACUCGCGACAUAACUCUACCAUCACUCCGGGCGUCGAUAAUUUAGGCCCCUCUUCCGUCGGCGGCGGGAUCAGUGGCAUCGCACUCGGAGUCGCCAACUCCCACGACCGCCUCAGCGGCAUCGACGCCGUUCACAACAUGAAUCAUGAAGGCUUCGCCGGUCCUUCCGAGCGCGGAUUUCACACCAGCGGCUCGGACAAUCCCUACGUUCCACCAGCUGGCUAUGGCAGCGCUGACACUCUACAUGCUGAGCAGUCGUAUGGCUCGAAUAUGGCUUUAGGUGCCUCGGCCGCGGAGCCGGGCAUUCGGUCUCCCGCUCAAUCCUCAACACAUCUGAGUGAUGGAUCGAACCGGCGCAGUAUGUUGGAGUAUCAUGCUCCUUAUGGGGGUGGACUUGUGGGUGAUGGCCCGUAUCAGCGACAAUCUCAAUACAGUCCUCAGGCGGUCAUCAAUCCGGAUGAUAUCGCUGAUGAUGGGGAUGAUGGAUUCAUGCCGAGAUCGAAUGCUCCUGUUGCGACUGGUGCGGCGGGUGGUGCGGCUGGUGGUGCGGCGGCGGGCGGGGUUCUGGGAGGUUUGUUUGGAAAGGGUCGGAAAGCGAGCCCGUCUUACGGGCCUGUUCCUGGUGGUGGGUUGGAAAGUGGGGAUGGAGAGAAAAGAAGGGCUGGGACCGGGAUGUCGCGGAAGAAGCGAGGCCUGCUUGUUGGACUGAUUCUUGGCCUCGUCAUCCUUGGCGCCAUUAUUGGCGGUGCCGUUGGAGGAACCAUUGGACGUAGGGGCGGCGAUGGCGGCGAUGGCGGCGAUGGCGGCGACGGCGGCGAUGGCGGCUCGUCGAGUGACAGUACGGCGGAUAAUGAUACGAAAGAGAACGGCGAUCUUGACAAGGACUCGGCUGAGAUUCAAGCGCUGAUGAACAAUACGAAUUUGCACAAGGUCUUCCCGGGCAUGGAUUAUACGCCAUGGGGGGGUGCAGUAUCCGCUUUGUCUGAAUUGACUAACACUGUUCGACUCUACGGCACGGACUGCAAUCAGACCGAGAUGACCCUGCAUGCGAUUGACAAGUUGGGACUGACCGAUAUGAAAGUUUGGCUAGGUGUGUGGAUCGAUACCAACACGACCACAACCAAUCGACAGCUCGACCAGCUCUAUGACAUUCUCGACAAGACAAACGCCUCCAUCUUCAAGGGCAUUAUCGUGGGCAACGAAGCCCUGUACCGAGCUGGCCCUGACAUCACAACUGCCGAGAAGAACCUCAUCGGCUACAUCAACGACGUCCGCUCUGCACUAGAAAAGCGCAGUCUUGACCUGCUUGUCGCAACAUCUGACCUCGGAGAUAACUGGAAUGCCCAGCUCGUCAAAGCAGUCGACGCCGUCAUGUCCAAUGUGCAUCCCUUCUUCGCUGGCGUCAACGUCGACGUAGCAGCAGCUUGGACCUGGGAUUUCUGGCAGACCCACGACGUCAACCUGACCGCAGGCACGGAUAAGAAACAAAUCAUCUCGGAAGUCGGCUGGCCCAGCGGUGGUGGAAAAGACUGCGGAGGAAGUCCAGUCUGCAACUCCGACACGCCCGGCUCAGUGGCCAGUAUUGAUAACAUGAACACGUUCAUGUCCGACUGGGUCUGCCAGGCUCUAGAAAAUGGCACCGACUACUUCUGGUUCGAAGCCUUUGACGAGCCGUGGAAAAUUCAGUACGAUACGCCCGGGAAAGAAUGGGAAGACAAAUGGGGCCUAAUGGAUCAAGCACGCAAGAUCAAACCUGGUCUCAAGAUCCCCUCCUGUGACGGUAAAACCGCUUCCUAA